AUGGAGGAUGGCACGGAGCUGCGGUUCGACCACGGUUCGCCCUACUUCACCGUCAGCAACGGCGAGGUUGCCCGGGUCGUCAGUGGAUGGGAGGCGCGGGGGAUCGUCGCCGAGUGGAAGGCCACAUUCGCAUGCUUCGAUCUGGCAACCGGCAAAUUCACAGACUUCGAGAAGGAGGGAACAGCUAAAAAGUAUGUGGGAGUGCCAGCCAUGAACUCAAUAUGCAAAUCACUCUGUGCAGAGGAUGGUGUGGUGGCCAAAUUUGGUGUCACUGUGGGCAAGAUGGAUUGGCUUCGAGAUAGGAGUUCAUGGUCACUAGCUAGCUUGGAUGGGAAAGAUCUUGGCUAUUUUGAUUACGUCGUAGCAACAGAUAAGAACGUAGCGUCAACAAGUUUUUCUGGGUUGACUGGAAGACCGCCACCUCUUGAUUUAUCGUCAUUUCCACACCUGCCUACAAUACUUCAAGAUAUCCCAGUCCGUCCGUGUUUUGCUCUUAUGGUAGCAUUCUCGGAGCCAUUGGCUAUGGUACCCGUUCAUGGCUUCUCUUUCAACAAUUCCAAUUCUCUGAGUUGGGCUUUUUGUAAUAGUAGCAAGCCAGGUCGUGCUUGUGUACCUCCUAACAGACAAUCUUGGGUGUUGCAUUCGACAACUGAGUAUGCUUCCAAGGUAGUAAAGAAUAUUGGUCCACGGAAACCUUCAGCAGAGGCACUUGCUAAAGUGGCAGAGGAAUUGUUCAGUGAAUUCCAGGCGACUGGAUUAGGCAUUCCACAACCAAUUUUUAUGAAAGCUCACAGAUGGGGUGCUGCUUUCCCAGCCAUUGCAAUUAGUGGAGAUGAUAAGUGUGUUUGGGACAAGAGCACGAAAUUGGCAAUUUGUGGAGAUUUCUGUACAAACCCACGUGUCGAAGGAGCAAUCCUUAGUGCUACGAGAGGGGCUUCCAAAAUCCUUGAAAGUUUAAGCCUCCCGUCAGGGUUGUGA